AUGCCAAACUGGGUCCCGCCUCGCAGCCUCGCAGCGGCACGCGAGCGCCCGUACAACUGGCAGGUGUUCUGGAGCUACUUCCCCGACUGGGCACUCACCAUCAUCCUCUGGGGCAUGUUUUACCUCCUCGACAAGGUGGACGGGUACCGCCGCGUGUUCUCGGUCACCGAUGAGUCGCUUGCACACCCGUUCGCCGAGCACGAGCGUAUCCCCGUGUGGGCGCUCGCGCUGAUUGCCGGCCUCUUCCCCGCCAUCGUCGUCAUCUUGGUUGGUGUGCUCAGGCGUUCCCCAUGGGAGGUCCACAGCGGCCUGCUCGGACUCGUGCUCACCCUCGCCCUUGGCGUGACGUUUACCCAAAUCAUCAAAAUCACAGUCGGCCGGCCGCGUCCCGACCUCUUCUCGCGAUGCCAGUUGCCAGAAAACUUGACGUCCAACCCAGUCCAUGGACUAACGACUUGGAAGGUGUGCACGCGUACCGACCUGCUGCAGGAGGGUUUCCGGUCCUUUCCCUCCGGCCACUCGAGCUUUGCGUGGAGCGGGAUGUGGUACCUAGAGCUCUAUCUCGCGGCCAAACUGCGCGUUGCCAACCGCCGCGGGUACACUUUCAAGUCGUGGAUUCUUCUGAUUCCCGUAUCGUGCUCGACCCUCGUGUCCGUCUCGCGUACCAUGGACUAUAGGCACCACGCGACCGACGUGAUUGCCGGCGCCGUCAUCGGCGUCAUCGUCGCCUGGUGGGGAUACAGGCAGUACUACCCCUCGCUGUUCUCGAGCAAAAGUUGGAAGCCGUACGAGCCGCGCAUUAGCCGCGAUACUGAGCUGCCGGUCCACGGACGCACGAGCGACGGACACAUCCUCCUCACCAACACGUCCAACAGCUCUCCGGCGGACUUUUCCAGUUACCCACCACGGCAGUAUGCUGAGUCGCGGUUCGAUGGUGCCUCGCCUGACAAGUACGGUAACGGUAACGUGAGCGGUCCCGAGGUGUUUGGCGGCACCAACCCCGUGUUCCCCGACGCUGCGCACCCGUCAGACCACUUGCCGCUGCGAACCAGCAGCUGA